AAUUUCUAAUAUGUUUAUUGCUUCUCUAGGGAAAUGUUGAGAGGCAAGUGCUAGUCAAGGAUUAUGAAGUUGGGAAAGUGGUUGCCUUUGAGCGAAGGAUCCAAAAUUUGAAGGAGGUCUACACAGCAAAUGGAUGUAGAAUGUUUUCUCGAGGUCCAGUGCAGACUGUUCUUCAUCCAAAUAAGAGGCAAAGAACUGGUCGUCUUUGUGGUUCUUUUGAAGAUGAGAUUGAGAAACUUCAUGCUGAAGCAUCUGAUGAACAAAGGAUUGCCAAUGACCUUAAAAAAAAUAAAAGAGAGGCAGAAGUCAAGCUUGAGGAACUUGACAAAUAUAUGAGUUCUAUUAAGAGACAAUGUGUAAAUGCAAGUAAAAGUUUUACUUCUAAGAAGCUAGCUUUGGAGGAAGAAAUGCAUCUGCACUCUGCUGAAAAUAAUGCAACGCCUUUGUCCUCUGUUGAUGAGCUUGUUGAAGAAAUUUCAGUUUGUUCUCUAUCAUCUAUUUCAUUCUUCAACUAAACAUUUUUACUUGUUCUGAGCAUUAGUGUUAAUAAAUUUUGUGAAGGCACAAACAUGCAGUGAAAACUACUGUCUUUUUCCCUUUUCAUACUUUUUUUUGGUUGGGUGGGGGAUGAGGGAGGCAACUUUAAGGAGGUCGUGUCCUUUGCCCUACACCUCUGCUACCAGUAGGUGACAACUAGAACAGAGGGCCAGAGAGAGUUGAAACCCCAAGGCAACCUGAUGUCAAGUCAUUUGCUAAUAUAAGCUAAGAAUCAAGUUUUAUAUUGGAAAACGACUUAUAAUUGAAUCCAUCAAAUGUUGAAAAGAUGAAUAGUGUUGUAAAUUUUAUCAAAGACUCGUAAGGCUGACUGAUUCAAGUUAAUUAGAGACACAAUAGGGUGCAGUCUAUUGCUAAUCUGAAUUAAG